UUCUUUUCAUUUGCUGUCCGUCAGUCUGUCGUGCGUGUGUUCACUCUAGUGCGAUUUAUUGAAUUCUUGUUUCUCACAUAUGAUUUAUAUUCCUACGCUACUGCUAUCACACGAAUUGACAAUCUCUGAAGAUGUUUUCGUUUUGUUCAUUCAGACGCAUAAUUUCAUCUCCUUUCGUUUUGAACAAAUGAGAAACCUUGGCCGUGUGUGACGUUGGCGUUUCGUCGAAUGGUGAAGCGAUGGAAAGUUUCCUUGUGUGAAAAUUAUCUCAAAAUCUCGAGUUGAGAAGUGUGAUAUGAAUUUUCUAGCCUCUGACCUCGAAUUCGACGUCUGAUAUGCUGUUCGCCGUGUCGUUCGUUUUUGCCAAUAUUUGCUCAAUUUAUCACUUAACGUCGGGUAGACGGUUGUGAAGAGAGUGCUGAGAAGGAAGAACACGGAUUCAGUCUGCAAAAAAGAUCUGGAAAAAUAAGAUUCAUCUUGUGGGAGCAACAUGUAAUUGUGCAAAGGAAGAGGUUGAUACGCGGGGAGUCAAAUAAAAGAAGAUUGACUGUGGGUGAUUGCGACUCGGAGUGUAGCAUUCCCGGCAGACAGAGUUGAUGUGAAGUGCACUUUGAGAAUGUCCCAACCGAAUCAUUUUCAGCCCUGGAAGCAAAAUCGUUCUAUCGGAAUACCCUCGAUUGCUUCGGCCAAUAACAACAAUGGUUACGGAAAUCUACCGGCGGCUGCCCAUCAGCAAUCAAUCCAGUUGCAGCAAGUUGUGUUGAGCCGUGUCCCCACUGGUGGAACGAUGGGCAUUCAACCACUGGUGGAACAAUCUUCAAUAGCUUCUUCUACGACUUCGGGAAUUUCGUCGUCCAAUGGUUCGGCAUCAUCAUCAGUCAGCAGCAGUGCUCUAAACGAUUUUCUCUCCCAGUUGGGUGCGAAUCGGUUGAUGCUGGGUAAACUUGGCGCAAGUUAUGGAUUAACGAAUCUUUCCUCCGGAACGGGGCUGGAUCAGGACCAGCCUCAUCAGGCCGGACAGCAGCAAUUUCCGAUUGAUGAUUGUGCUAGUGACAAGGAGCGCGAGCUCCGAAUUCAUCAAAUGUUCGAGAACGCAAUUGGUGACUGCUCAAAAAAACAAAUUGUUGAGAUUCUUGAGAAGAUUUCCAUCCUCCGGCCACCCGAACGGCUACUUCUUUACCUGCGUAUGCCCGGUGGCUAUCCCGAAACAGCAGAUCCUCUGCGACAGUCUCAAAAUCCACUGGGUACCCGGUCUGAGAUUAACCAUACCAUUAACUGGGUACGCUCGCAUCUAGAGCAUGAUCCGAACGUGUCCAUUCCGAAGCAGGAGGUUUACGAUGAUUACACAACCUACUGUGAACGAAUCGACAUAAAACCACUGUCGACAGCAGAUUUCGGAAAGGUUAUGAAGCAAGUAUUCCCCGGCAUCCGGCCGCGGCGGUUGGGGACGCGCGGUCAUUCUCGCUACUGCUACGCGGCGAUGCGGAAGGCUACCAAGCUGGCAGCUCCCAAGUUACCGGACCUCGGAACUUCUAGUACGGGAGAGCAGAAAGUCGUGCCAGAGGAUCACAUUCCUACCGACGAGGAGGCAUGGAAGGUAGUCAAGAUGUGGGCGGAAGCAAUGCUCCCCGGUUCGUUCGGAACGAUCAACGAACUGGCAAGCUUCAUCACCAAGAACAAUCUCAACUCACCGGCUAGCAUAGCGAGCCGACAACUGUUGCAGAAGAAGUUGCUUCAGCGGGAGAUCAAGGAGAGGAAGAAGCUUACCAACGCUGCAUUAAAGAAACGCCGGAGGAAGCGUCUAAAGACUCUCUCAAGCAGUAUCGAUUCAGAAGCAGCGCCAUCCGAACCAGCGGCUCCGUCCUCCGCUGUUCUGCCCCCUCCACGUGAUAGUAACGCUCAGCACAAUAUAAGUACAAAUCAACCUGUAAUUGCUCCUACUGUUUCCACCAACACUGCAAACCCCGGAGAUGUACUUCAGCAAACGAUUAAACACGAACGGAAAGACUUCACCGACGAAGACAAUAACAACGUAUCCGUCGGAGGCACAUGCGAAAUGCUCAAAAAGCAGCAGGAGCAACUGCAAAGUACAAAUCUUAACUGUGAUACUAGCAACAGCAACAACAUGGCAACAACCGCCGCAGUUUCACGAGAACUGCGUAGCCCUGCCGAGGAGUACAACAUUUUCUGCAAAAAGGUACGCCAGGCGCAACAACUUAAGGCAGCCGCCCAAAACCAAGUGCAGCAAGCCCUUUCCAGUUCGCUGAAACCUACGUGUUUAGCGGCCAAACGUGCAGCCUCCAUAGCGCAUUCAACCCGUCAGAAGCGGCUUAGAUUACUGCAGCAGCAGCAGCAACAGUCGAUCGAAGCCCAAAAUAACACCGCUCCACGGUAUGAUGAGAUGGGUAAUCUGAUACUGAUUGACUCGCAGGAGUUAGUAACAAGCAGCAAAGAGGAUUUCAUCAUCCCACGAGAGAGGGUCAUCAGUAUUUGUAACAUGGACAAGAAUGCAUUGGAUGACUAUUUGAACUGUCAGGAGGAAAACUCUCAGGAUCAGGAUCAGGAACUAUUGCAGUACUUCCCGGAGGAGAAUAAUGGCGGUCUGGCGAACACGGUGGCAAACAUUGGUUCGAGUUCUGGUUCAUCACUCAAUAACACAAGCUACGGUGGAAUAUUCGACGACACCGACACGAACGUGAAGCUCUUACAGUUGAGAAGUAUGCUGGAACAGAACAUGGGUCAAGGUGGGCCUGACAAACCACAGAUAGGUGGACAGCUGGAUGGGUUUGAAGGGUCCGUCGGAGAAAACCAGUUGUGUCUUCAACCCGGAUCAGCUUCAGCAUCGCUGGCGAUGCUUUCACAGCGACACCAUAGUAGUUCUAUGAAUUGCACAGAAAGUGCGACUAGUAAUAGCGCAGAUAGUAAGAAGAAUCAUAACAUGAAUUUGAAAUUGUCACAUGAUGGGUGCUAUGGUUUUGUACCAAUUUCAGGAGGACCUCGGUCCCCGCGGGUACCGGUGGCCAAGUCUUCAAACCUUAAUAACACCCCCAAUGCUAGUCCGUUUGUAAGUCCUCGGAACACACCGAUUCAUCGCAAAACAAAAGGGGCAAGCAAUGGUCUUACCCUGAAUAUUUUGCAACAAAACCAACAAUCCCUCCAAGGAUAUCAACCACGACAACCUUAUAUUAAAAAUGAGCUGCCUGCAUCUGCUCCUCCUAGUCCGUCUAUUGUUCAAAGCUAUAGGUUUGGAGUAAACCCGAACCCGUUGAACUGCUCAAAUACGGUUCCUUCAUUCCAACCGAUUUGUGGACCUUCUUCACAAAUGCUGCCCAAUCAAAAUCUUUCCAUGUCGCUUGAGUCCCGGUCCAGUAGUGUACCACUGAUUCCUAACUAUGAUGGAUAUCAGCAUUCCAAUUUCACAUCUGUUUCUCAGACUCCUGUUCCCUCGGAAUGCGACGAUUUUUCCGAUCCCAACAAUAUUCUAGACAUGCUAAACGAACCUUCCACCUCCUCGAACAAUAAUCAACACUCGAUUAAGCUCGAAGAAUCCGAGCCAAUAAUAUCUGACAUUCUCGAUCAAGAUGAUAUAUUCCCGAAAGCUUCAAUCUCCUACACUAGUCUCUCCCGAUCGGUACCAUCGACUCCGCUUCCUCAUCACAACGUAUCCUUCAGCCAGACUAACCCGAACUGCAGGUCUAAUCUAGAAUCAUCCUCGAACUCCAAAUCUCUAUUCGAAUUGCCUAAAUCAGUUCCAUCCACACCUAUUGCAUUGAAAAACGGUCGAGAGUCACUGUUCCAGUAUAGCCCGGAAACAUCCCGUGAUUAUCUGAUCAACGGGAAUUCCGUAGAUCGGACAGUCAAAUUGGCGUCUUUCUACCCAAAUCAAUCGGCCGCCAGUAGUGGGAACAAUAAUGCCAGUACUAGCCUAGCAUCGAUAGGUCCGACGGGAUCUGCAAACGGAACUACCGCUCCUCCGCCGCCGUCCGCUUCCGGAUCGGAGAUGUCCAUUCUUAGUGAAGGCAUCGAAAGUCUUACCGAUGCGCUCAUCGGGUCAGACACACUGCGCUAUCUAUAGAAAGAAAAGAGAGAACGGGAUUGGAGGGGAGGGGGUCUAGGCGCGCGUUCGAAAUCGCCGAUUCACUUAGCAUACAUUGUUGCCUGCAAUAUUGAUAGUUGUUAGUAAUUUAUUCUCCACGUGCCGUUACACAUAGUGUGGAGAACAGCGUGCGCGCUACCGGCGCCGUGGUGCCGUUGUACUUUUAUCCAAACGCGUAGCGUAAAUCAACGAUUUAAGUUGAAAAGUUAGGAUUUGUAUAUGUGUUUCAGAUUCGCCAACAAAUGUGGAUAUUUCAUAACUUGACCUAGUCGAUCGCAUACGAUACUCCUCAAGAAAGAUAGAAUAAAUACUUAUAUUGUUUUUUUAACAGUUGGUUUUCUCAAUAAAAGCGAUAUUCCAACAUGUCGUUGCCCUGUCCGUUCUCCAGCUCGUAUCGGGUGGGUAUACUCUAUGCAGCUCGGAUGCUGACGUUAACCUUGAAAAUAGUUGACUCGUAAAAACGCACCUUGUGGUCAUUACUCCUGCCUUACAGUGGGAGCGAGCAAUAUGGAACGGGAAUCUGAGGAGCAGCGAAUUGCACGUACUUACAUGUGCUGCUCCCGAUGCGUUGGCUUUGCUGGUCACCCAAAUACCCUGAUAUAUGGGAAUUAAAUUAUAUUGCCCCGUCUUUUUCUGCAUUCCUGUUUUCAUGGAAGGCCAUGUCAGUUCUUCAAGUAAAGGUUGAACACGAAAAUCUUGUUGGGGUUCAAAAAUUGCCUUUCAUUAUCUAGAGUUCAAUUUAACAGGUAGGGGAAGACGGGGUAAGACCACCCCAUUAGGAAACCAAUUUUUAGUUGAACGUCCUCUAGGAUUUUCCCUAUUUGUAGUGCUGCAUAUCAUUGAUUAUAUAAUAAUGUACUACUAAAAAAUGUGUAGCUAUUGAUUUUAUAACUUUUUUUGUCGUUUUUUCAUUAAUUUUUGAAAUGAUAAAAAAUUACUUUUUAUUUUGCUGGCGGGGUAAGAAGGACUGCCCUUUGGGUAAAACGGACCAUGACGAACCAAGAUAAUUUUCAAGCAGUUUAUUCUAGUAGAAAUAACAGGAAUAGUGUUGUCUAAAAUACUACAUGUUUUAGGGUUGUUUAUAAACUACACAAAAAUUUCUGUAAAGGUCAUCCAUAUUCCACGUGCAGUGUUUAGAAAAUAUUCGUGAAAAAUUUACCAAAUUUUCGGAAGAAGUGUCCGGCUUCUGGAAAGAUAAUGUCGGAUUGCGCUUUAAAAAUCUAUUUAGCCUUUAAAAUCUAUUGUUCCGCCAUUCGCUCCUUCUUGUUGAAUGGUAGAGGUAUGUUGUUUCGUUCAGUGAGCUCGAACGCCAGUUCCUUGACAUCUCGCAUUGUGAUGUCGUAGAAUCGAUUCACCAGCUGCAGGAAAUGCUCCACCAGUUCUUGUUCCUUAACAGUGGUAAAAACUGGAUCAAUAAAUUCGAGCUUCAUCGUCGGUGAUUUAUUGUCUUUGACUUGUUGGCAAAGGGUGGUCCUAGGAAUCCCAAAACUGACUGAUGUUGUCCUGAUGGAUAUGCCGUUAUCCGCUGUAGCCAUAUUCAGCUAAUCCAACAUCCAUUGCAUCCGCGACGACUUCCUUACGUACUUUCGAGGCAUCUGUGUGAAAAGAGACGGGUAGAAGAAUUGUGUUUUAUUUGAUAUGAAUAUCAUUCAAUAUCACGACGUAUGGCGCGUUUACCCCGUCGAAAAUGGUCCGUCUCCUCCGAAACGGCUACCACGGAGGGUAACGUGACAAAAAUCCACGAUCUCGUAUUGGCAGACCACCGAUUGAAGGUGCGCGAGAUAGCUGAAACAGUAGGCAUCUAAAAAAACCGCGUGGGUCAUAUUCUGCAUGAAAUUUUGGGCAUGAGAAUGGUGGCGCGAUGGGUGCCGCGUUUGCUCACUCCGAACAACAAGCGCAACCAUGAGACCACUUCAGAGCAGUGUUUGACGAUGUUUAAGCGCAAGCCCAAGGAGUUUCUGUGUCGUUUCGUGACCGUCGACGAAACAUGGAUCCACUGGUACACACCAGAGAUCAAGGAACAGUCGAAACAGUGGACUUCACCCGUUGAACGUGCUCCGAAGAAAGCGAAGACUGUCCUAUCGACCGGAAAGGUGAUGGCCACCGUUUUCUGGGAUUUACAAGGUGUGAUCUACAUCGACUACCUGGAGAAGGACCAAACGGUCACAGGGCUCUACAAUGCCGAAUUAUUCGGCCAAUUCGACGCCGAAUAGUUCCGGAGUAUUGGUCGGAUUCAUCUCAUUGGGAAACACUAUUUUCGCUGUACCACUGUCUGGUGGAAGUGGCAGCUUACCAAACCCAGCCAGAAUACGCAAUCCACCUCAUGUUGUUCCAGAAAAGGAAGUAGCCACUUCUGUACACACUUGGUUCAUGGUCCCAGAAGUAACGGAAGAUUCACUUUUCAGUUCACAACUGUAGUUUGAGUGCCUGACAAAGUACUUUUUGUGGAAUUUGGGCUUCUUUCAUAUUGACACAAAUUCUUGAUUUAGAAUUCUUCCGGUCAACCGAAGUAUAACAUGGGAAGAAUCCCAUGAACUUUUUAGAACAAAUGUUCGUACAGUUUCCUCGAGCGCCUCUUUGCCUUUGGGUGAACCGGGAUUUUCGUUUCGAUCGUGCAGGACCGAAUGGCGAUGCGCUUGCUCCCUCAUGUAACCAAAUAAACUUAUCCUGACAACCAAGGCCUACUGUAAUUUUAUGCACUCUUAGCCUGAUUCAAUCAAAUUUCGGUUAAAAAUGCGUUUUCGGCGGAUGUUUCGUGUUCAACCUUUAAAUCGAUUAAUAUAGCUGUUCUCAAGUGACGAAUGCUCAAAUGUUCUAAAUAAGUGGUACUCAACCGGGGCCAUAAACAUGUGUUAGUGCCGGGGACCGCAGAAGAAACAAUAGGUCAUAUAAAUAAAAACAAAAUUCAGCUUUACUUUACCUGAAUCGAGCAGUCGAGCAGUGAGAUUGAGUUUUCACUACGUUUGGUAUGAAUAAAAGUAACAACUAAGCAUUUACUUUUCUAAAAUGGAAGUUCACUUGAUUUCGUAUGAAUAAAACAACAUUUAUCAGGUAUAUACUUCGCUAGUAGAAUAAACUUGUAUUCAUACGGAUUCAAGUAAAUACUAGGAAAGUUUACUUUACUUGGAAACGGGCAGAAUAAGUAAAUACUUUUUUAUUCAUACGGCCUAAUAAAUAAAGAAGGUUGGUGGCAAAAAACGACCACAUUGUUUACGUCAUUAUUGAAAUUCAAGAAUGGAACGUUUGAUAAUACUGACAAUGACCCAUGAACGAAUUCAUUCGCUGAGUGAGAGGCGCGAACGUUUCGCGACGCUUCAAAGAAAGGCAAACAGAAAAUCUCCAUUGGAUUGCACUUUGACCCACUUUUAACCCGGAAACAAUACUCGAAUUCACGAAAAUUAGUUGAAAAAUUUAAAAAAAUCAAAUUUAAGUCACCAAUCACGAUUAAUCAGUCAUCCUGCUAGCGAACAGAUGACAGCGGCAGCGAGGCUUUACAAAUGGUCUUGCUCAAGGCCGAGUGUUCAGUUUAGUUUUCUAAAUUGGACUUAUUCAAGGUUAAAGGUGAAGGAACCGAAAAAAUCUGAGAGGCUGAGAAAACCGCUAUCAUUGAAAACAUCUUCAUCGUUACACCAAUAAAUCCAAAUAUGCUCUCUCUUCUAUCAAGAAAGUAUAUAAAAAUCAAUUCGCUUUUGAAUACUUCGGAUAUUAUUUCAGAAUGCAUCGAGAUUUAGAAUAACUCUGCAGUCGAAAGUUUUAAAGUCCCUAAAAAGUACCGUUUGCGUGGUUCUGUAGAAGCAGUUGAAGAUGGGUGAUUCAUGAAUCAUCCUUGUCUUCGCGAGAACAAUACACGAUACACGUAGCGCACUCAGUAUGCAUCGUGAAUUUUUCUUUCGUGCUAGACACAGUGCGGUCCGAGACGAUUACAUAUUUGUUCGUCCACCAUCGUUAUAUAGUUGAUAACGCAUAAGAUCAACAAUUUGUACGUGUGACUCAAUCAAAUACAAUCAAACUCCACAUAACAGUAUGAAAGCCAACGCGCUAUUUAAUGUUUCUCUUCUGCUUUGCUUCUACCCGUCAGUUCAAGCUUUGCACUAUGCUUGUUUCGGGCAUAUUCUAAAGACGCGUCCACAUUACGCCAAUCGGCCUUGGCCGCCCGGUAAUGUCGACUAAAUGUGGACGUACCGCCCGGGCUUGCCGACGUGCCGAAAACCGACUCGAAUCAAACCGAACCCAACCCGAAACAAAUGGGUCCGAUUCGAGAAAGUCGAACCAAAACAAAACGAAAUAAAUUAGCGUUGACGACAUUGUGCUUCGUGUGUUCGUGACGGCUUCGUGCAUCCGAUGGGACUUCGGUUUCGUGCACCCGAUGGGGUGUCCACAUUACAUAACGAAUCGAAUAUACCGCCUGGUACAGGCCGAUCGGCAUCAUUCAGCAUAAUAUGGACGCGCCUUAAGAAAGCAAUCGAAAAAAUAUGCAAUCUGUUCAACACAGUAACAAAAUAGAAGCUGAGGUUGGCCGGAGCGAGCACAAUAUUUUUGAUAAUUUCGACGAUAUGCUUCGACCAGUUUUGACUUCGAUGGAAAUUCAAACAUAUUUAUAGAUUUUUGUGAUUUCCUCAAUAUUUGUUGAUUUUUGUAAUUUCAACAGUUUGCUUUCAAAGCAGUUUUUGAGCUAUGGAGAAAAGUUUCUGGUCAAUAGGUAAUAAACAUCACUCACACACCUUCCAUCUUUCGAAAGUGAUUGUCACUCCACUUCGUUCAGCCAGCAACGAAAUAUUAGCGCUCAACUUCUUGUACCCCAAACAUAACGCUUCCGUUUUGGAAAUUUAAAGCCUAUCUCCCGGUACAGAUACCGAAAUGAUGUGAUGCAAAAACACAGAAGCAAUCUCCACCAGAAGAAGUGAAAAUGGAUGCGAAGCCUCCACCAAACAAAAUUGCACCACUAUGUGCGGUAUCUCUCUUCCAUUCUUCCUUUGUAUCAAACAAAUCAGAUGUGUUGAUUUGUUUUCCAGCAUUGAGGAAGACUACUGCCUGCUAGCUGAGCGAGAUUGUACUCUUAAAUGUUUCAACCUAGAAAGCCUUGAAAAAGGCCAAUUUUGAAAACUAAACUAUAUUAUCUAUCAGUCUUGAGAAAGGCCAUUCGGAAAACCUCGUUGCCGUCUGGUCGCAAACUGAAUGUCUUUUUGAAUAAUGAAAGUUGUGAAAUCGCGAAUCGCUUGUUUAUAUUCAAAAAAUUGAAAACGGACGGAGCUUGAAUUGCAAUAUUUCCUUUAUUCACAUUGCCCGUAGAACGAACACUGCAUUUACUAUAUCGGUUUCAUAAAAACGUGUCCCGUUGCCUUAUUUGGCACCAUUACUGAAACACGAAGUCCUACGGCAAAAAAAAUAGGGAAUGAUUUCGUUACUUGGAGUUACAGUUAACACAAGAGGGCCACAUGCGACACGCAGGUCUUGCGUUGAGUAUAGCUGUUCUAAAUGAAUCACGUUGUGCAACGUUGGGGUUAAUUUCUUUUGUGAAGUUUCCCUGGUUGUUUUUGCGAGGGAAUAAAAUUUGCGUGAUCAUAUUUGGCCGACUACUCUGUGAAAUCAGUGUCUUAUUUCCUAAACAACCAGCAACCCAUCGAUAGAUUCCAGCAAAUAGUCGAGCAAUCCAGACCAGUUAUAGAAUUCCACCAGGGCAACGUCAAACAUCAUGUCUCUUUGUGAACCCGGCUUUUUGUUUCAAGGUUUGUUCGGGUAUUGGGUACCUUCAGAUUAUCACUAGUUCAGAUCUCUGGUAAAUUAUCGUAAGGACAAGAACUUCAACUCUUUGGACAGCAUUAAAAUUGGUAUAAUGUUCUGAGACGAUGGAACAUUAAAGUUGUGUGAAAGCUGAAUAUUAAAUAAAACACAAUUCCGAACAUUGCAGGUAACAUAUGUAUGUGUACAUUUUGAAUAGGAAGAGUAGAACAAAUAAUCAACUCAUUAGAUAGUAUUCACGAACUACCGUACUACAACAAUUCUUUUUUUAUUUGCGGAUUUCAUUAUAAAACAAAUUGGACCAAAAAUUUUAUUAGUCUGGUAAGCAUAUUGAAUGUCGAAAAUUAGAAAUUUUCUGAUAACCCCAAGGGAUUCCACAGAUCCCUACGCACAAUUCAUGAGAACCUCGUUCUAAACUUGUAUACUACCGACGAAAUCUAGCGCUAGACUUAACCAGCUUAAAUACACCCCAUAACAAGUAGCAUGUAUAUGAAUGUAAGAUUGAGUGUUGACAAAGUAAGGGUGGGGUGAGCAAAUCCACACACAGAGAAAAAAAAAAGAUUGCCAAUGGCUUAAAAAAUUGUUUUCCUUGUCUUACUAUUUGUUGUUGUUUCGUGAAAAAUAUGUUUAUAAUUAGCGCGAAGUGGUAAGAAAAAAACUAAAAGUGCAAAUUAAUUGAUAAGUGUUAAUUUUUUAACCGUUUGUGAAAAAGUUAGAAUUCACAUAUUUCAGAGAAAUAGUUUUUUUUUCAAAUCAGUCAUUAUGGAAAAAAAAGAAACGAAAUCGGAGCUAUGUAAAUCAGAUUAAAAUGUUCAUAUUUUCAUAUUUUUAUUUGUACUAUAUAUGUGUAAGCUACAGAUUACUGGAAGGUGAAACCAGCUAUGCGGAAAAAGACUAACGAAAGGAAAUAUUUAGCUUCAGCCAGACGGUUGCAAAUCGUAUCGUGGCGUCGAAUAGUCAACGAGCGCAAAAAUACUACACUGAAAUACAAUUAUUCACAUAAAAUUAUUCAUAUGAUGGAUGUGCCUAAUAUCGUAUUAUGGAACAAAUUGAUAAAUGACGUGUC